ACUGGGGGAAACGGCGGAGGCAUAUCAGGACCGCAUGCUGGCUUUGAUCAUAGAAGCCAAGCAGCGGGCGGAUGAAGUAGCAGCCGCAGAGAAGAAAAAGGCGGAGGAAGUCGAGCAGGCACGACUGCUAGUUCUUGAACAGGAGCGUCUGCAGGCCGAGGCAGCAGCGAAGGCUGCAGAUGAAGAACGAUUGAAGCGGCGUGAGAAGAUUUUCAGCGGGGAGCAAGCAUUACUCACAUUGGCAGUAGAAUGGCGAACUGAGAUGGAGACAGGGAAGAUGGAGGAGAGAGAGAACAAGAUUGCCCUCCUUCCUUUCCAUCUCACGGACCUCCUGACGACAUGCAUCGCGCAGCAGGAGGACAUUCACAGCCUCGAUGCCGAAGUCAAGAGUGUUCGCAGCUGCGUACAGCAGCUGGAGCAACGACCCCCCGCCGCCCCUGUGGCAAGCUCCUCCAACACAUCAGACCGCCUCAAUGCAUUGGAGACUGACGUCAGCGCACUCAAGGACGGUGCACGACUACAACAAACCGCUACUCAACAAUUGGAGCAGCGGGUCUAUGCUGCCGCCGCCAGCCCGAGUUCGGGACAGCGCGAGUCAACUCCCAAGUUUGACGGUCAGGAGAUCUUCUGCGAUUCAACAAAGAUGGAUCCAGUUCAGUGGUUCCGCAAGUUUGAACUCACGUUGCAGCUGCAUCUCGUCAGCGAAUGCAAGCACCACGCGUACUUAUACUCCCGGUCGGGAGGCGCAUGCCAGGCAUGGCUGGACAAUCUCUUGUCCCAGUACGGGGUGGUCGCUGCCGAGUUACACACGAAAAUUAGUUGGGAAGACCUCAAGGCGGCGUGGCACAAACGGUUCCAGGCGGAGCCGCCGGAGAUCAAGGCCAUGGACAAGCUCAUGACCUUCGAGAAAGGCUCACUGCCAAGCGUCGACUGGAUUGCCGAGUACCAACGCUUGACAUCCGUCCCAGGUCUCCCGAUGGGCUUCAAAGCCAUCAAGCAAUACUUCAUUUCAAGGUCGUGCCCGGCGUUGAGCAACGCCUUGACGCAUGUUGAGGACACACUGACCGCGCAGAUUAUCGUCACAAACAAGGAGGCGAAGAACCUCACUCGUGCUGCGGCAGGCCCGAGCAAGGACCAGCAUCGGCCCAAGGUGGCCGUGGUUGCGGCGCCAUCGCCAAGCAGCCAAUCUAGCGAGGCGGAGUCUGCCAAUGAAGGAGACAGACUCGCAGCUGCCCGGGAUGGUGGCCACCCCGGCCGAGGCCGAGGACGCGGCAAAGCGAAGACAAACACCACAUUAAACCCCGGCGGGCUGCCCUACCAAGGGGAAGGGCAAGCAGGGAAACUGAGCGCCGCCGAGAGUGCGUCGACGACACUCUCGACGCCUUCAGACCCGGCUUCUUCGCGAGUGACCGGCCUUCAUUCCGAGGCGCAUGCGGAAGUCGAUAUUCCUUUUCUCUAUUCUUUUGAGGACUAUGCUGCCCGACUCGUUCCGACGCUGGAAACUUUUGCUCAAGGACAAGACGUGUGUGCGGCAUCUUCUCCGUUCGACAACGGUUCUUCUUCGUCUUCAAGUCAUUUUUUACGGGAUUCGGCGCGCGAGUUCAACAUAGAGGAAUUGAACCCGCUCAUGUCUGAGGAUUUCGCAUGGUUUUCUCUCCCGACCACGGGCCGCUUGCCGGGACCGCAAUGCGCAGCACUUUCCGCCCAUCUUCACAAGUACUUGUCCUUCUAUGCAUCACCAACUUCGCCGACGGAUGACGAGGUCGCGGUGAGGGACAUCUUGGCAUAUGUUACCAAGGUGGCCCGCGAGUUUCGCACACAGCAGUACGAUGACAAUAACGCACCGCUGAUGUAUGUCCGCAUCCAAGUUGGGCAAGCGUCCUGCAGCGCUUUGCUGGAUAGCGGCGCGACUCGCAACUUCAUGAGCCAAGCCUUUAUGCAAAGGGCUGGCCUCGGCGCGCAGGUUCGAAGGAAGGCAAACCCGACGGCGAUCAAGUUGGCGGAUGGAAAGACGCAGCAACUUCUCGACCGUUACAUCAAGGCUGUACCGGUGUACUUCGCACCUCAUGCGUGCGAACCGGUCACGUUCGACAUCUUGGACACAGACUUCGAUAUCAUCCUGGGAAUGCCUUGGCUCGCAAGUGCGGAUCACACGGUCAACUUUCACCAGCGGACUCUCACCGUUCGCGACGCCUUCGACGCCGAGGUGCCGUGUACUAUUCCUCUUCUGCACCCUUCGAUCCGGUGCCAAGUCGUGACGGCCAAAUCGUUCUGGGCUACAUGUGCAUAUGAGCAACCCGACGAGAUAGGCCCAUGUUUCUUGCGGACCGUCGAGGUAGCCGACUUUUCACCAUCGGACUUGUCUUCGGACCCCCGUGUGGUACGGCUGCUUGACGAGUUCGCCGACAUCUUCGAGUCACCUACCGGUGUGGUGCCGGAUCGGCCGAUCUCUCACGAGAUCAUUCUUGAGGCCGGUGUCGUGCCGCUGAAAGGUUGCAUCUAUCGGAUGAGCGAGGAGGAACUGGAGGUCCUUCGCGCACAACUCGACGACUUGUUGGCCAAGGGCUGGAUCCGCCCUAGCAGCUCCCCAUAUGGAGCACCGGUUCUCUUCGUAAGGAAGAAGAACAAGGAUCUACAACUGUGCAUCGACUACCGCAAGCUCAACGCACAAACUGUGAAGAAUGCGGGGCCUCUUCCUCGUAUCGACGACCUUCUUGAGCGAUUGGGCGGUGCUAAGUUCUUUUCUAAGUUGGACUUGAAGUCGGGGUAUCAUCAAAUUUCGAUACGCCCGAAUGAUUGCUACAAAACCGCAUUCAAGACACGGUAUGGGCAUUUUGAGUGGGUGGUCAUGCCUUUUGGCCUCACCAAUGCCCCGACAACCUUCGAAGCGACAAUGACCAAUGAGUUUCGUGCGAUGCUGGAUCGUUUUGUGCUGGUCUACUUAGACGACAUUCUCGUCUAUAGUCGGACCUUGGAGGAUCAUCUUGAGCAUCUUCGACGAGUGUUGGAGACGCUCCGCCGUGCCAAGUACAAAGCCAACCGCGACAAGUGUGAGUUCGUCCGGCAAGAGCUUGAGUACUUGGGCCAUUUUGUCACACCGGAGGGCAUCAGCCCCCUAUCGGAGAAAAUUCAAGCCAUCCAGGAGUGGCCGGAGCCGCGUAACGUCACGGAUGUCCGUUCGUUUCUUGGUCUUGCCGGCUACUAUCAGCGCUUCAUCAACGGCUAUUCGAAGAUCGCGGCCCAUUUGACCAAGCUUCAAUGCGAGGAUCGACCGUUUGACUUCGACGAGGAUGCGCGGGAAUCCUUCUUAGCUCUUAAAGCUGCACUUUUCUCAGCGGAGGUCUUGCGGAUCUACGACCCGCUAUUGCCCACACGCGUCACUACUGAUGCAUCCGGCUAUGGCAUUGGUGCAGUCCUCGAAUAACACGAUGGCGUGGACUGGCACCCGGUCGA